AUCAAUUCACACCCCGUCUUAUCCUUUCAUCCUCCAUCUUACUGCAGAGCACUACACUGCAUGUGGAGAGAGAGAGACGUCCCAGCCAGCAGAGAGAGAGAGAGAGUAGAGACGAGACAUUCCUCCCUUGUGCCUACGUAGCCACCCUCGCAAGUCAUUUCAGACCUUGUGCAAAGAUAGCUACUGCAAUCCAUCGGGAUUUUACAGUGCAUCAUCGCCAUCGUGGUUACUGCAAUCCAUCUUUAAACUCAUCCCCCCUCUCUCCUCCUUCCGACCUUCCCUGCCGCUACAAAACCAAGCCCGCAAGGAAGUCUCUCUCUCUCACACACGCACCGCCUGCCUGCUGCCUGUCUGCGGCCGCCUUGGGAUCCCCAGAGCAGCUCUUCACAUAGGGGAAUGUCUCGGGUCCUCUCAGCCAUCUCUUCUGCACCGCGAAAGCCACAUUUAUUUGCCACCUAGGAAGGGCACACCGGCACACCUUGCGAGGGACACACAGAGACACAAAGGGAGCCAUCAGCCAUGGCUAUAUAGCGAAGCAGUGCUGCGGAGAGACGCGGCGUGGUUCUUGCUCCUUCGGCGAUGAUGAAGCGCUUUCGCGGUUGCCGCCUUCUGGUUCUUGGCCUCGUGUUCUUUGCGCUCCAUGGCUGCUCGGGGCAAAGGGAGGACGACUCGACGACAACGGCUCCGAUGGAGGAGAAGGAGAAGAUGGCCCUGUACGCGGCCAUCGAGAGCUUCGUGGGCAAGGGGUGGAAUGGCUCCGGGCUCUACCCCGACCCCUGCGGCUGGUCUCCGAUCCAGGGGGUGUCAUGUGAUCUCUUCAAUGGCUUGUGGUACCCAACAAUGAUCAGCAUCGGUCCAGUUCUUGACAACUCACUGCAGUGCGCCCCUGGCGCCAAGUUCAGCUCCCAGCUGUUCGAUCUGAGGCACCUCAGGACGCUGUCCUUCUACAACUGCUUCCCGGAGAGCAACCCCACGGCCAUCCCAACCACCAGUUGGGAGAAGCUGUCCGGGAGCCUUGAGACGCUCGAGUUCCGCACGAACCCGGGCCUCGCCGGCGCGAUACCGGUCUCCCUCGGCCGCCUGGCGAGCCUGCAGUCGCUGGUUCUCGUGGAGAACAACCUGACCGGAGUCGUGCCCGCCGAGCUCGGUGCGUUGCAGAAGCUGAGACGGCUCGUGCUGUCCGGGAAUGGGCUGUCGGGGCCCAUCCCGGCGACACUCGGUAACGACCGACACGACAAGCUAUUGAUCCUGGACCUGAGCAAGAACUAUCUAACCGGGUCUCUGCCUUCAUCGCUAGGUGGUCUGAGAGGGCUCCUCAAGAUUGACCUCAGCAACAAUUUGCUGCAAGGGAGCAUCCCGCCGGAGCUCGGGGGUCUCAAGAACCUCACACUGUUGGACCUCAGGAACAACAGCCUCUCCGGUGGGUUGCCCCAGUUUGUGCAAGGCAUGGUGUCACUGCAGGACCUGCUGCUUUCGAGCAACCCAUUAGGAGGGACCCUGGUGCAGUCUGGCUGGGAGAAGCUGGCCAACCUCGCCACGCUGGACUUGUCCAAUCUUGGUCUGGUCGGAACCAUACCGGAAUCCAUGGCGGCGCUAACCGGGCUACGGUUCUUGGCGCUAGAUCACAACCAUCUGACGGGCAAUGUGCCAACCAAGCUCGCGGAGCUGCCCAACAUCGGCGCACUGUAUCUGAACGGCAACAAUCUGACAGGGACGCUGGAGUUCUCACCGGAGUUCUACCAGAAGAUGGGCAGGAGGUUCGCCUCCUGGGACAACCCUGGCUUGUGCUACAACAUCACCGCGGUCGACGCGGUGCACGCGCCGUCCGGCGUGGUGGUGUGCAAGGAUUUGCAGGAGCCCAGUGUUGGUGCGAGGGACAAGGAAGGUGGGAGGAAGCCUGAGGCGAGCUCAAGCCUCAUGGCCUCUUCGUUUGGCUUGUCAGCUACCAAGGUCACUGGAUUUUGGUACUUGGUGCUGGUUCAGGGAAUGGUGGCCACAUCCCUUGUGUUGAUGCUCCUAUAGAAACAAGUUCAGACUUUCAGACACAUGGAAGAAGAACAUGAAGAAACUUGUAGUUAAGUAGCACAACUAGUUUCUAUGUGUUCUCUCUUUUGCCCUUUUUUGGUGCUUCUGUUCUGUUUCGUCAGAUGAGAAAAGAAGCAGUAAUCUGGUGGCUGUGAGCCACAUUACAGUAGAGUCUGAAUUCUGAAAGUGUGUAGCAGUAACAGAGUAGGUUCUUCGUUUUGUGUAAGUAGUCUGGUUCUCCUGUGCUGUGAUGUUACAGGUAGUGGAUAAUAUAUGGUUUGCCAUCGUCCGUUUCUUUGGAUGGUUUCUACUGGCAACUAA